GUUACAGUUAAUUUACUUAGCUCCGCGGAAGCCAGACAGCACCAGCACCAUGCCUAUGACUCUGGGUUACUGGGACAUCCGUGGGGAUCCAGUGAAUCUCUGAUCAGCCAUGUCUCCUAGUUGGGUCAAGCCAUUCGCCUGCUCCUGGAAUAUACAGAUUCAAGCUAUGAGGAGAAGAGAUACGCCAUGGGAGAUGCUCCUGACUAUGACCGAAGCCAAUGGCUGAAUGAGAAAUUCAAGCUAGGCCUGGACUUUCCCAAUCUGCCAUAUUUAAUUGAUGGAUCACACAAGAUCACCCAGAGCAAUGCCAUCCUGCGCUACCUUGGCCGGAAGCACCACAUGUGUGGAGAGACAGAGGAGGAGAGGAUUCGUAUGGACGUUUUGGAGAACCAGGCCGUGGACACUCGGAGGCAGCUUGCAAUGGUCUGCUACAGCCCUGAGUUUGAGAAACGGAAGCCAGAGUACUUAGAGGGUCUCCCUGACAAGAUGAAGCUCUACUCUGAGUUCCUGGGCAAGCAGCCAUGGUUUGCAGGGGACAAGAUUACCUAUGUGGACUUCCUUGUUUAUGAUGUCCUUGAUAAGCACCGUAUGUUUGAGCCCAAGUGCCUGGACGCCUUCCCAAACCUGAUGGACUUCGUGGCCCGCUUUGAGGCUCUGGAGAAGAUCUCUGCCUACAUGAAGUCCAGCCACUUCCUUACAGGCCCCAUGUAUUUGAAGAUGGCCCACUGGGGUAAUAAGUAGAGCACCUUACUACCAGGGCCAGGAGGAGAUCUACCACUAUGCUUGCUGGCCUUUGGUCUGGGGCCCAUCUGGGUCCCUGAAUCUCUGCAUCAGUCUUCCCAUUCAGUCCCAUCUCCAUUCUCCUCUGAAAGGCUUUAGUGACUCCCCUUUCUACCCAGCCUCUCUGUAAGGGAAGGGUCUGAUACUAAGGUCUAGUUCCCUAAUUGGUUCUUGAUUUGUCAAUAAAGAAGGCUGGGAGCCAAUUGCUGGGCAGAAGAUACAGGUGAGACUUCUGGGUCCCAAGAGGAAAAGGAGAUGCAGGGAAAGAUAGAGGGGCUUUUUCUGCCAUACUUUGGAACAAGAAGGCAGCAUCCAUGUAAGGUCUUGGAGCAGCUAGGACCUUUGGCCUUUGCUACAGGUGGAUGGCCAAAGAUGUUGGCUGAUACAAGCCACUAAGUUUAGGGUAGAGGGAGAGAUGGAGAUAAUAAAUUGGUAAAGGCAUGUCUUUCCAGGCAGGAGUUAUCUGUGCCCAGCAAUUGUG